CUCUCGGCGCGUUUAGCUCGCCUCGCAUCGCAUCGCAUCGCGUCGCGCAUUGUGUCGUCGUGGUCGUCGCUCGACAGUCGCAAAUUCGCAAGUCGCCAGUCGCCAGUUGCCGUUCGCCAUUCGUUGUUCAGUCGUCAGAGUCCGGAUCCUUGUUUUGCCAAUAUGCUGUGCACUUUUCGCAUACUUGUGUCAGUUGUAUUUUGUAUUUCGUGCACUGCGAAUCGGCUCAUUCGCUCGAUCAGUUAAACCCAAAAGAAACAGCUUAUCAAAUUAAAAAAAAAAAAACUGUGAAACAAUGUUUUCGUUCAGAUUGAAAUUCUUUUAAAAAUAUUUGAAUAAAUUCUGCAAAUACUAAAAAAAUGUGUGUGUUGCUUGAAGCAGUGUAAACCAAAAAAAAAAAAAAUAACAAUUUGCGCUUGGAAUUUACACCGAGAAACGUAACGCGCAAUCCCCAGUUGCACACUUGGCUAAUAUAUUUUCACAAUAUUUAAUUAUUAAUGCGUCUGCGGGCAGCGGACAUUCUAUGCAGCUGCUGUCGGCCUUGGCGGCUGCGUUGCGCUGACGAGCAGCAGCAACAAUAGACUGUCAACAACAACUAGAGCUCGAAGAGAGAAGGACAACGACAACGGCAACGACAACGACAACGACAAACAAUGGCCAGUGGCAAUAAUGAUACAACGCCGCUCUACUGCGGCAGCGGCAUGGAUAAUUUUCAUACGAGCUAUAAGAACAUGCAUGGUUAUGUCUCGCUCGUCGUCUGCAUUCUGGGCACCAUUGCGAAUACGUUGAACAUCAUUGUGCUGACACGCAAGGAGAUGCGUUCACCCACAAAUGCCAUACUCACGGGCUUGGCAGUUGCUGAUCUGGCCGUGAUGUUGGAAUAUAUGCCGUACACAGUGCAUGACUAUAUAUUGACGGAUAGUCUGCCAAGGGAGGAGAAGCUCAGCUAUAGCUGGGCCUGCUUCAUCAAGUUCCAUUCGAUCUUUGCCCAGGUACUGCACACCAUCUCCAUUUGGCUGACAGUCACCUUGGCCGUGUGGCGCUACAUUGCCGUUGGUUAUCCGCAAAAGAAUCGCGUGUGGUGCGGCAUGCGCACUACCAUCAUAACCAUAACCACGGCGUAUGUGGUGUGUGUGCUUGUGGUGUCGCCUUCACUCUAUCUGAUCACAGCCAUCACGGAGUGGAUGGAUCAACUGGAUGCGCAGGGCAAACUAAUAAACAACAUACCGAUGACACAGUAUGUUAUCGACUACAACAACGAAAUGCAGUCCAUGGUGGCCGCCUUAAAUGCCACACCCAGCAGUCUACUGCAGUCAAAUGAGACACAGUGGUUCAAUGUGACCACGCCGCUGCCACAAGUGGUGCCCACUUCGCUGGUGGCACGCAAUGUGACCGUAUAUCGAUUGUAUCACAGUGAUCUGGCGCUGCACAAUGUCUCGCUGCGGAAUACAACGUUCCUUAUCUACAGCGUGCUCAUCAAGCUGAUACCGUGCAUAGCACUGACCAUACUCUCGGUGCGUUUGAUACUCGCACUGCUCGAGGCGAAGCGACGACGCAAGAAACUGACCAGCAAACCGGCAGCAGCCAGCAAUGUCAAUGGCAAGUCUGUAGUCAAUGGCAAGGCAGCGGAGCGGCCGCGCAAGAACAGUAAAACGCUAGAGAAGGAGAAGCAAACGGAUCGCACGACGCGCAUGUUGCUGGCUGUGUUGCUGCUCUUUUUGAUCACAGAGUUUCCGCAGGGCAUCAUGGGAUUGCUGAAUGUGCUGCUGGGCGAUGCCUUCCUCAUGGAAUGCUAUCUAAGACUGAGUGACCUUAUGGAUGUGUUGGCAUUGAUCAACUCCAGCAUCAACUUCAUACUCUAUUGCUCGAUGAGCAAACAGUUUCGCAGCACUUUCACUUUAUUGUUUCGCCCCAAGUUCCUCGACAAGUGGCUGCCCGUGGCCCAGGAUGAACUAGCUGCCACGCGUGCCGAUGGACUGCGUUCGGUUGUGGCUGCCGCGCCGGACAACUGUCAUACGAUGGCGUUGCACAAGCAGCCGCAAGUGGUGACACUUGCUGCCACUACCACAACCACCACCCAAGUGACGAAUCUGUAGCAGCA